UCCCUCCUCUUCUUCCUUCUGCAGACUACUCACCAUGGAGCGUCUUUUCGACUCGCCGGACGGGUCACCAUGGCAUCCUCAGGCCACCAUUCUCGGAGCCGACGUCAGACUUCUUCUUCCCACCCUCAUCGUCUCUCUUGCAGCCUACAUCCUUCCCAAGCUCAUCGCCCCUAAUCAAGAGAAGCCCGUCUUGGUAUACCACCCAAUUCCGCCACAAGUUCAGCCAGGGUGGAAGGGAAAGAUACUCGACACGACUGAGGUACUUGCCCAGGGCGACAAGGCGGGUACGCAGAUUCGAUCCUUUGAUCCCUCCACCGGCUAUCAUCUCGGGACCUUCGAGGCCGACACCACAGACAGCAUCGACAGGAAGCUGCAGGAGGCUACUGUAGCCGCAGAGAGCUAUCAGCACAGCAGCUGGACCAUCAGGAGGAAGUUGUUGAAGAGUAUCGGUGAAUGGGUCAUCAACGACCAAGAUAUCAUCGUUCGGGUAGCCUGCCGCGAUUCUGGAAAGACAGCUGUAGAUGCAUUCUUUGGAGAGAUCUUGACCACUUCAUCAAAGGUGAAAUUUCUCAUCGAGUCGGCAGAGAAGACGUUGCGCCCACAGUCGAGGCCCAAUGGGAAUCUGCUCAUUGCUCACAAGAAGUCGACUGUGCAUUGGAAGCCUCUGGGCGUACUGCUAGCAAGCGUCAGCUGGAAUUACCCAUUCCACAACAUUCUAGGCCCUAUCUUGGCCGCCUUAGCCUCGGGGAAUGCUGUCAUUGUCAAGCCAAGUGAGAACGUUGCGUUUUCCACAACGUACUAUGUGCAAUGUCUCCACCGUAUCCUCGAGGCUUUGAAGCUUCCCACCAGUCUCGUCACCCUCGUCCUGGUCCAUCCUCCUCUGGCUCCUUAUCUGACCAAGCACCCCCUCAUUAAGCACAUCACCUUCAUUGGAAGUGAGGGAGUCGGCAGAAAGGUCAUGGUGGACGCCGCUGCUAAUCUCACGCCCGUUACACUCGAACUUGGCGGCAAGGACCCGGCCGUCCUUCUCAAGUCGACAAAGGUCAAAGAUAUCGCCAGUGUCUGUAUGCGAGCCGUCUUUCAGUCUGCUGGCCAGAACUGUAUCGGCAUAGAGCGUUUUGUUGUCCACGAGUCUCUCGUAGAACAGUUGCUUGCCAUCAUUGUCCCGCGGGCAGAAAAGCUGCAGUGUGGAUCGUGGCUAGAGGACACGCCCAAGGGAAGAUGGGAGGGAGUCGCUUCAAAGGGCGCUGGGGACGAGCGUGUGGACUUCGGAGCAAUGAUCAGUAAUGUCGGUUUUGACAGGCUCGAGGGACUAAUCAAGGAUGCUGUCAAGCGAGGCGCUACUAUUCACACAGGGGGACAGAGGCUCUCGCAUCCCAAGUGGCCAGCAGGUCACUACUUUCAACCCACGGUCAUCUCUGGUGUCACGGCUGACAUGCCCAUUGCCCAGACGGAGCUCUUUGCACCCGUUUUCCUCAUCUUGGCCUUCAAGGAGACGCAAGAAGCUGUUGAUAUCGCCAAUGGGACCAGUAUGGGAUUGGGAUCUUCAGUCUUUGGUAACGACAAGAGGGAGAUUGACUUUGUCAAAAGUCGGAUGGUCAGUGGGAUGGUCAAUGUCAACGAUUUCGCUGUCAGCUAUCUCAAUCAGGCUCUGCCCUUCGGUGGCACCAAGAGCUCUGGCUUCGGCCGUUUCGCCGGUCCCGAGGGGCUACAAGCUCUCUGCUAUCCUCAAGCGCUAGUGGAGGACCGCUUCUUUUCCCUGAUCAGGACGAGCAUCCCAGCGCCCGUGGAUUAUCCCGUCGGACCGGAGAGCUACGGCUUUGUGGGUGGGUUGCACCACUUUGCCUUUGCCAGGGACUUGGCGACGAGGGCGAGGGGGCUGUGGAGUGUGAUUAUAGAGGCGGUGCGGUGACGUGGUGUUCAUGAUAUGGGAUCCUCGUCGUCGUCAACAAUGGUAUACAAUCAACGCACGAUUGCGUUUCAUCAAUGCAAACUCUUUGGUCACUGACUUCAGUAUCAAUGUGACCCAUCCGGGCGAUCUAUGUUUACGCGGAGUGUGGCAAAACAUGCGCAUGCCCCU